AUGGGCAUGGAAGAUCGAGAAGAUGUCAGAGGUAACCAGUUAAGAGUUAGGAUGCCUCAAAAUAAUGUUCCAGUUGGCGACAUCAAUUUGUUUGAGAAAGAAGCAGAUUGUGAUGAUGUAAAGAAGGGAACUGGGGUCCAUAUAGCGACUCCUUAUCCUGCUAAGAAGGCUGGUAAGAGUGACAAAUCAAAGCAAGAAACUCCAAAAUCUGCUGCUACUCCAGUCGCUUGCAACACUUGUAGCAAGUAUGUUCCAGCUGAGGAUGAUGACGACGAUUCUGAUGUUGAUCUUUUUGGAGAGGAGACAGAGGAGGAAAAGAAGGCUGCAGAAGAACGUGCAACGGCUGUCAAAGCCUCUGACAAAAAAAUAUAUGUGACCGGAAAGUCUUCAAUUUUGUUGGAUGUGAAUCCAUGGGAUGAAGAGACAGAUGUGGCAAAGCUUGAGGAAACCGUGAGGAAUGUCCAGAUGGAAGGCCUCUCAUGA